AUGGCCUCCAAGUGUCGUGCAGUGGCAGCUGGGCUUCUUUUUCUUGCCAGUAUCGCCGCCAUCAUCACUGUUGCUGUCAUCCAGGACCAAUGGAGGUCUAACGAAUUUGGCCUAGAGUAUGGCAUAGUGAUAGACUCUGGGUCGUCUCGCUCCAACAUAUAUCUGUAUCAGUGGCCAGGGUACAAGGAGAAUGAAACGGGAGUAGUGACUGAGAUGAUGAACUGUAAAGUCAGUGGUGAUGGUAUCUCAGAGAUGAAGGUUGACGUUGAGAAGGAUGCUGCAUCAUGGAAAGCUUUCAAGCGCUGCAUGGACAACAUCACCAAAGCUAUCCCUGCUGAAAAACACAGCAACACACCUCUAUUCCUCGGUGCUACCGCUGGCAUGAGACUGCUACAACAAAAGGAUGAACAGAGGUCUAAUGAGAUCCUGGAGAGCCUCAGAGACUACCUCAAGUCCCUGCCCUUCAUGUUCCACAAUGCCUCCAUCAUCAGCGGGGCAGAGGAGGGACUCUACGGCUGGGUCACCGUCAACUACAUCAUGGGAAACUUUCUGGAGAAGAACGUGUGGAACGCCUUUGUCCGCCCCGAUGGGGCAAAGACUGUGGGGUCCAUGGACUUGGGUGGAGCAUCCACCCAGAUUGCCUUUGAGGUGGAGGAGGACACCAGGGGGUCAAACUACAUGCAGGUCCAACUGUAUGGCUAUCCAUACAACGUCUACACACACAGCUUCCUCUGCUAUGGCAAGAAUGAAAUUGAGAAACGGGUUUUGGAUAAAAUAAUAAAGUUAUCACCUGAUCUGACCAACGUUGACAGCCCCUGCUACCCCGAAGGUUUCAACCUCACCAUCAAGGCCUCGUCCAUCUAUGACACGGAGUGCACGGAGAAACCCAGGAACUACGACCCAAACCAAGACAUUACCAUGGUGGGAGCCCCGGACUUGGACAAAUGCAAAGAAGUUGUCAACUCACUGUUUGAUUUCAAAUCCUGCUCAGCGACCACGUGUUCCUUUAAUGGGGUUGAGCAGCCACCGGUCACUGGGGACUAUAUGGCAUAUGCUGGGUUCUUCUACACCGCACGAGCUCUGCAGCUGAAUGACACCUCAGAUAGUGAUGCAUUCAGAGCUGGAAUCAGAAAAUUCUGCCACACGCACUGGACAGUGCUGAAAGCAGAAAAGCAUUGGAUCUCUGACCGAUUCCUCAAAACCUAUUGCUACUCAGCUCACUAUGUGUACACCCUGCUGACAGAGGGAUAUAAGUUUGACAGAGAGACCUGGAAAAACAUUGACUUCCAAAAAGAGGUGAAGAACACCAGUAUCGGGUGGAGUUUGGGCUACAUGCUGAGCAUGUCCAAUAUGAUCCCUUCCGAGGCUAAAGAAGUUCUACCCAUGUCCAACCCCGUCUUUGUAGGCCUCAUCUUCCUCUUCUCAGCCCUAACCAUAGUAACUGUCGUCUCCCUCUUCAUCAUCCUCAUCCGCACUUGCUACUGA